AUGAUUGAAGUAUCUCAUAAGUGCUUAUAAUUUCAACAAGGUCUAUUACAUCAAUUAAGGUUUAAGAUAAAAAAUGUUAGCGAUGUUACAAUCACUUUCAGAAUUAGAUGCAAUAACAAUACUCAUUAUAAAUUAGAACAUUAUAUGGGACUUAUUCAUAGUCAUUAAGAUUUCGAAAAUAGCAUUCAAAAUUUUGAAGCAUCAGUAAAUGCAAUUUAAAAAUAUUAGGAUAUGAAAUUUUCAGGUGAUUAAUUGGAAAUUUAAUAUGCAGAGUUUCUGGAUCCAUUAUAAGAUUUAAAAGAUUUUUGGAAUUCCACAUAAAGCUAGGAUCAUGUUAUGAUACCCAUAGAAGUCGUUGAUAUCUAAUAAUAGUAGAAGAACUCUAUUUUGACAGAAUAAUAGGAUAAAUAAUAAUAAACAUUACAAAAAGAAUUAUAAUCUAUUAAAUAAGAAUAUGUUCAAACAUAGAAAUCCGCUGUUGAGGUCAAUUACUUUAAGAAAUUCUAAAAUGGAUUUACUAUUGGAAAAUUAAUGAUUGUUAUUCCGAUAGCAUUGUUUCUUGGUGUUAUUUGUCGAUGAAUUUAAUGUAUAUUAUUAUAUUUUGAG